AUGUCCUCGUUGACGCAAGUUCUGCUUCCCGAUCUCGUGAAGCCGUUCGACACGCGUCGUUCGGUGAAUUCUUUCCAUUCCACCGUCGGGCUAGAAGCAUCAGCAUGGGUCAACUCCUUCAACAUCUUCAGUGGAAGUAGGCCAACGUUAUUCACGGAAGCGAAAACGGAACUCCUCGCAGGAUAUGUAUGCCCGUCCGUCGGCCGCGAGGAAUAUCGCAUGUGCUGCGACUUGCUCAACCUCCUUCUCGUUAUUGAGGAACUGUCUGCUCGGCAAGGUGGACUAGAUGCUCGGAUUACGGGAGAAGUGUUUUUCAGAUCUCUUAACUCCCCCGGAUGGCAUGACGGAUCAGCUUUGGCUCAUGUCACGAAGCAAUUCAGAGGCCGUUUCAUGCGUUUUGCCCGCCCUUCUUGCCGCCAUCGUUUCAUGAAACACUGCGAGGACUACGCUCAGGCCGUGGUUCGCGAGGCUGAGUAUCGGGCCCGUCGCGAUAUCCUGGACGUGACAAGCUACACUGUACUAAAGCGCGAAAAUACUGGCGUUCGUGUAUGUUUUGCGAUGCUUGAAGCAGCGCUGGGUCUUGACCUGCCGGACAUCGUCUUCGCGAACCCGGUGUUCAUAUCGUUGUACUUUUGCGCGGUAGACAUGGUAUGCUGGUCGAAGGACAUAUACUCUUACAAGCUAGAUCAAGCGAAUGGACGUAGCAGCCACAAUAUCAUUACAGUCCUCAUGACACACCAGCACACGUCUCUUCAAGAUACAUUUCGCUUCGCGGGCGAAUACUUCCUUCGGUUGCUACAAAGGUUUCAUACCAUAAAAUCAACGCUGCCCUCAUGGGGCGGUGGGACUGAUGCGGCCGUCGCGCAUUACGUCCAGGGCUUGGAAAGAUGGGUCGCUGGCAACGUCCAAUGGAGUUUUGAGACAGAGAGAUACUUCGGACGGGAGCGAGAGCAGGUAAAGCGAACCCGAAUCGUCACUCUUUCCCGUGGUUGA